UACAUUGCGCACACAUUCCACGCACAUUCCUGCACAUUUUGCUGUUUAGUAGCACAUUUCGCUGUUUAGUAGGACCCGAGAGUUCGUCAUUAUUCAAUAUGGCCGGUGCAGGGAGUAAUGUCUCCCUUGUGCAAAAAUCCACUACAAGAAGUUGUGCGAUCAUCUUACGAAACAUUUUUAACUCACUACAGAAAACUUCGUCCGUACAGUCACGGUCAUGUUCGAGCGUGUCGUCCCGUGAUACAUUGAACGAGGAUAGAAUCGUUCUCACCGACGAUGGAUCAACUAUCGUCUGCUACCACCCAGCGAAAGAGUUUCCUUAUGAACAUACGCGGCCGCUAUCGAGGAACGAGGAUGAAUUGCGAGCAGGAGAGAGCGUACUCAACGUACAACACUUGGAGGAGUAUCGCCGACGCUACGAGGUCACGAGGCAGGGGCCGACGCGAACGGAACUCGUGUCGAUGUUCAACAACGCUCGUCACUUGUGGUUCCCAAAUAACAAGAAGAAGAGAGCGCGGCGCGACCUGGGCCCCGACGACGGAACCCUGGCCAAACCAAACCAGUUCAAAGAAGAUUCCUGGUGAUCAGCAGCAAGCGCAGAGAGGGAGAUCUAGAGAGAGAGUAACGUGACCUAUAGUAUUUGGCAAUCGGCUCCUUCUCUAUGCGCGCCCCUCGCGGUCGAGUUACAGUACACACGCCUGUUAGAUCUCGUGUCGUAAGCAUUCUCCUCUAAUAACUGCAUCAUUGCAAAUAAGACAAUAUAUAUGACAAUUAAUAUUGACAAUUAAGCAAAAAUUGUCUAAUAACUGCAUCCUCGCUUAGAUGAUCAGCCUUAUGUGAUAUCGUUGUAGCUGUCGCGUAAAGUGUGUAAAGUGCAUCGACUUGUUAAAAGAAACCACUUCAUUUCUGUCAAUGUCUGUCAAAACGACACUGAAGAAAUACAUUACAUUGUACGUAGUGUUUGGUAUGUCUAAAUGUAAAUAAAAGUGAACCGAAUAGGUGAUGUGAAAUUUGUCCAAA